AUGGAAUCCUUGCCCAGUGAGUUGCGCGAAAACGAACACGAGUUCUCAGCAAAAGACUACUCUGUGAAAGCAUUAGGAAUCAAGUGGCUUCCGACAAACGAUGUCUUCGUCUUCAAAGUAGCCCACGAUCUGAAGGAGAACAUGACAAAACGAUCUCUACUCUCAGACAUCUCUAAGAUCUUUGAUCCUCUGGGCUGGCUGACUCCGAUGACGCUUCCGUUGAAACUCAUCAUGCAAUCCUCUUGGUCGCGGGGAAUCAAUUGGGACGACAAACUCCCCGAUGAUAUGAUGGAGACGUUUCUAAGGUGGAGGACUAAAGUUCACAAUGUGGAGAAUUUUGACAUACCGAGACAUGUUGUGGAGGACAGUUUUGAGCUUCAUUUGUUUUGUGACGCAUCAGAAACCGCAUACUCCAGUUGUAUCUACGUCAGGAACACAAAGACGAAGUCAACCAAUCUUUUUGUGGCUAAAUCAAGAGUGGCACCUUUGAAACCGUUGACGAUCCCCAAAUUGGAAUUGUGUGCAGCUGUGCUAGGAUGCAAGUUGCUGGACCAUACGAGGAAAGCACUUCAAAAGAUAGGACGGAAUCCGAAGGAAGUUUUCGGUUGGACAGAUGCCACGAUUGUACUUUGUUGGAUCAACGAGACCCCAAACGUCUGGAACACUUUUGUUCGCAACCGAGUGCAUGAAGUACAGGAGGUUUUGAAACCAGUCAACUGGCGACAUGUACGAAGUGAGGAAAACCCAGCGAAUGCUGCAACUCGUGGACUCGAUGCAAUGACGCUGAAAAACUCUUCACUGUGGUGGCAUGGACCGAGCUGGCUCUCCGAACUUCGGAUUCCAGACCAACCAAAGCUAACAAAAGUUGGUUCUGAAAGAAAGAAAAACGCAGUUGCCAACAGCUGCCAAUUGGUCAAGCCUUCUUUGGACGCACUAUUAGAUCUGGAAAAAUUCAGCAGUCUAGAGAAGUGCAUUCGUGUACUGUGCUAUGUUGCCUUUUUUGCACAUCGAAACCAGAAGCACCCAGAAGAUGGCAGUUACGUUCAUCCAACUUCUUUGACGAAUAGACGCAACGCCCUUCUGAAGCUAAUACGAAACGAACAAACUAAGUUCUUCAGUGAUGAACUAAGGGCAUUGAAUGCUGGCGAAUCAGUUGCGAAGAAAAGCCAUCUUCUGCGACUAUACCCCCUCGUUGAUGACGGACUCAUCAAGGUGGGCGGGAGACUGAGUCAGAACCAAACUCUCGCAGAUGAUCAGCGCAACCAAAUCGUGAUACCCAAGAAAAGUCGACUGGCCAAACUCAUCCUGCAGGACAUUCAUCUGAAGUAUAUUCAUGCUCCCGCAAAUACGAUCCUUGCUGAACUUCGACGACAUUUCUGGAUUGUGGACGCGCAAUCAGCAAUUCGUCACCUCAUACGAAACUGUGUGAAGUGCCAACGAUUCAACGCACGAUCAAAUCCACCAUUGAUGGGAGACCUACCCAAAGAACGAAUAACGCCUUCGCCUCCAUUCACUCACACUGGCGUGGACUUUGCUGGCCCUUUUGUGACACUGAAUGGCAAACAGCUGUCAAAGUCAUAUUUGGCUUUGUUUGUUUGCUUCACAACAAAGGCCAUACAUUUGGAGCUAACAUCGGGUUUGUCCUCCCAGUCUUGUACUGCUGCCUUGAGACGAUUUUGUGCUAGACGUGGUGCUCCAGCAAGGAUGUACUCAGACAAUGGACUGAACUUUGUUGGAACCAAAAAUGAACUAAGGCAACUGCAAAUGAACCUAACCAAGAAGUUCGGAACACAAUCAAUGCCAAGUGCCGCAGAUGAGAUUGGAAUCACUUGGACAAUGAUUCCACCAGGAGCUCCUCACUUUGGUGGACUUUGGGAAUCGGGCGUGAAACUUGCGAAAUCACAUCUGCGAAGAGUCAUGGGGAACACUGUUUUGACAUACGAGGAACUUUCUACUCUACUAUGCGACAUUGAAGCAAUCCUCAACUCCCGACCACUCCUCCCGAUUUCGACCGACGUUCUGGACCUACGAACCCUAACACCAGCUAUGAUGGAGACAGGGAAAGAAAUGCAGUACCUGCCAAUACCAGUGCCCCCACUGACGACAAGUACACUCCAGCCCUUUGAAACUCAUCCAGCCAAACGCUGGGCACAUAUGCAGAAACUCAUUGGAGUUUUCUGGAAGCGAUGGAGCAAGGAGUACUUGUCUUCUCUGCAGCCACGGAAGAAAUGGACUUCAAAACAACGAAAUUUUGAAGUUGGUGAUGUUGUGCUCCUGAUGGACGAAAACCAACCCCCCUUACAAUGGCCAUUAGCUCGGGUUGUGGAAGUCUACCUUGGGAGAGACAGCCAAUGUCGAUCAGCUAAGCUUGAGGAGUCUGCGGUACCGCACAGGGAGGGGGCGAGGCGCAUGACACCACACAAAUCGGAUAAGUGUAGGAAAGAGAUAGAGACAUUACUAGAGUAUGAUAUGAUAGAACCAUCCAAAUCACCAUGGGCGUGUGGAGUAGUGAUGGCCAAAAAGAAAGACGACCAAUUGAGGUUUUGUUGUAACUUUCGGUGUGUGAACUCCAUCACGGUGAAGGAUGCCUAUCCCAUACCUCGGGUUGAUGAGAACCUCUCGAAGUUAGGUGAUGCAAAAGUUUUUACGACUCUUGAUUUAGGUUCGGCUUUCUGGCAGGUCCCACUGAGGAAACAGGACAGGGACAAAACAGGGUUCGCCUGCGAGCUAGUGCUGUUUCAAUGGAAACGAAUGUCGUUUCGUCUUUGCAAUGCCACGGCUACAUUUCAACGGUUGAUGGCACAUGCAUUGAAAGCCAUGACAAAGAAGUACGGCAAUUUAGUAAGAUGCUACGUGGAUGACGUGGCUAUAGCGACGCCAACACUGGAAGAUCACAUCGAGCGACUGGAUGAGGUGUUUGCAUGCAUGAAGAGGUCGGGGCUAAAGUGCAUACCAUCAAAGUGCGAAAUAUUCAAGUAUUCGAUAAAAUACUUGAGAAGGAUGGUGGACAGGCACGACAUCAGACCAGAUCCAGAUGCAGUAGAAGCGAUGCAGUAG